CACAACUGGGACCGGACUCUCCCGACAGCGAUGUGGCGCUGGCGCCGCCGGAGCCCGGUGGUACUCAUCUCAGAGCCUGAGGGGUCCAAAGUCGUGGACUGUGGCGUCAAGAGUCUCUGCGCCGCGCCCUGAGAGACCCCGAAGCCCGGGCCCCCGCGUCUAGUCUAAAGGACCCCAGAUAUCCAGGUGCCCAGCGCCCCCUCCUGGAGGAGCCGGGAGUCCGGGACAUCAGCCCCGCGCGUUCCUGGAGGCCGAGCUUCCUGCACCCCGGUUUAAAGAACUUAGGAUCCCGGACCGGUGAUUACCUCCAACGGUUCCCAGAUACCCGAGCCCAGACAUCUGAACUUGGCAAACGGACUCCUAGCACCCCAGCCAGUCUGUUUGGUGCUGAAACACCCACUACUUCAAGGGGACCCAGGAAUUGGGGACUCCCCUGCGCUUCCGCCUGGGGGAUGGUUUAAUCCCUGCUCCUAGAGUUACGAGAACUCAGGAAUCCAGUAGCCCCACGGCCCUAUCAAGAAGACUCAGGAAUUUGGGUUCCCAGCGCUCCAUCUGAGACCCAAGAGUCGAGACUGCGAGCAUCCCCCAUUUAGAGGACCAAGAAAUUCGGACCGCUGCAUCCCACCCUCGGAGAGACCUCGGAUUCUGGUUCCCGGAGCCUGAGAGCCCGAAGUUCACGCCCCUGACUUGCAGAGACCCAGGAGUCCGGCUUUGCGCCUCCCCGGGGACCGUGCUAGGGUUGAAUAGGAAUCCGGCAGCCUCGGUUCGGGGCUGGAGACUCCCUGGGAGAAGCCGCUGAGCCACUCAGCCAUGCCCGAGGGAGCCCGUGGACCAAGCCUGUCCAAACCCAGCCCUAGCCUUGGCCGUGGCCCCGCAGGUGAAGCGUGUGACUGCGCAGCCGUGUGUGAGACCCAGACAGCCCCUACAGCCCCUGCCAUGGCCUCCCCGCGAGGUUCUGGGAGCUCCACGUCCCUGAGCACAGUGGGCUCUGAGGGGGACCCGGCUCCCGGGCCCCCCCCAGCCUGCUCAGCCUCUAGGCCAGAGCCCCUUCCGGGCCCCCCCAUUCGCCUGCAUCUGUCACCUGUGGGGACUCCGAGUUCGGCCAAACCCUCGAGGCUGGAGCGAGUGGCUCGAGAGAUCGUGGAGACGGAGCGGGCCUACGUCCGGGACCUUCGCAGCAUCGUGGAGGACUACCUGGGCCCUCUGCUGGAUGGCGGGGUCUUAGGGCUGAGCGCGGAUCAGGUGGGCAUACUCUUUGCCAACAUCGAGGACAUCUACGAGUUCAGCAGUGAGCUCCUGGAGGACCUGGAGGGCAGCAGCAGCGCAGGGAGCAUCGCCGAGUGCUUUGUGCAGAGGAGUGAGGAUUUUGACAUCUACACAUUGUACUGCAUGAACUACCCGAGCUCCCUAGCCCUGCUCCGGGAGCUGUCGCUGUCCCCUCCCGCAGCCCUGUGGCUGCAGGAGCGCCAGGCCCAGCUCCGCCACUCGCUGCCCCUGCAGAGCUUCCUGCUGAAACCUGUUCAGCGCAUCCUCAAGUACCAUCUGCUGCUGCAGGAACUAGGCAAGCACUGGGCGGAGGGCCCGGGCGCCGGGGGCCGCGAGAUGGUGGAGGAGGCGAUUGUGUCCAUGACAGCGGUCGCCUGGUACAUCAAUGACAUGAAACGCAAGCAGGAGCAUGCUGCGCGCCUCCAGGAAGUGCAGCGGCGGCUUGGCGGCUGGACCGGCCCGGAGCUCAGUGCUUUCGGGGAGCUGGUGCUAGAGGGCGCAUUCCGAGGUGGCGGAGGAGGCGGCCCCCGACUUCGAGGGGGCGAGAGGCUGCUCUUUCUUUUCUCACGGAUGCUGCUCGUGGCCAAACGCCGGGGGCCGGAGUACACCUACAAGGGCCACAUCUUCUGCUGCAACCUGCACGUGAGCGAGAGUCCUCGAGAUCCCCUGGGGUUCAAGGUGUCCGAUCUGACCAUUCCCAAACACAGGCACCUGCUCCAGGCCAAGAACCAAGAGGAGAAGAGGCUGUGGAUUCACUGUCUCCAGCGCCUCUUUUUUGAGAACCAUCCCGCCUCCAUCCCUGCCAAGGCAAAGCAAGUUCUCCUUGAAAACAGCCUGCACUGUGCUCCUAAAAGUAAGCCUGUCCCAGAGCCUCUGACACCCCCUCUUGGGUCUCCCCGACCUCGGGAUGCUAGAAGCUUCACUCCUGGACGAAGGAACACAGCUCCGUCUCCAGGACCCUCUGCUACCCGCCGCGGCCGCAGACAGUCUGAGCCAGUAAAGGACCCUUAUGUUAUGUUUGCACAGAAUGCUAAGCCUAGACUCAAGCAUGCUGGCAGUGAGGGGGAGCUCUACCCCCCCUUAGAGCCUCAGCCACCAGGUCCAGCUUCCGGACCCCCCGAGGACCUGGAGGACACUGGCCCCCCGACGCUGGAGCCCUCUGGGACCUCGAUCACUGAGGAGAUCUUGGAACUGCUGAACCAAAGAGGCCUCCGGGAUCCAGGGUGCCCGCUACAGCCCCCCGCCAACGACAUCACCGCAUUCCCUGGAACCUCCCAGGUGCCAGGCGACAGUGAAACCCUCACAGUCCAAGCCCUUCCCAGUCGGGACUCUUCAGAAGAGGAGGAGGAGGAAGAGCUGGAGAUGGACGAACGGGAGCCUUCCCCACUCCACGUCCUAGAAGGGCUCGAAAGUUCCAGUGCCGCUGAAGUUCCCGACGUUCCCAGCUUUAACAAAAGUCCAGACGUUUCCAGCCUCCCUGAAAUUCCCAGCCUGUCUGAAAUUCCCAAGAUUCCCCACCUUCCCAGCCUCUCUGACAUUUCCAGUGUUUUUGAAAUGCCCUGCCUUCCAGCCAUACCUAGUGUCCCUGACAUUCCUAGCCUUCCCAGCACUCCCGCCCUUCCCUGUGACUCCUGGCUUCCGGGACCUCUGCGGGAGUCUGAUGAGGCUCUAGCCCCCAGGAGGGAACUGUUCCCGGAAAGCAGUUCCACCAAACUGGGAGAACGGCCCUCGGGGGGCAGGGUGGGGCGGCAGGAGGCUGAAGAAGGGGAAUCCUUCCCAGAUUUCCAGUCUCAGGAUGUCACCCGAGAUCAGGGAUUCUCCGAUGAACUGGAAUUCCGCUCCUGUUCAGAAAUCCGGAGCGCCUGGCAGGCACUGGAACAGGGGCAGCUGACCCGGCCGGGUUUCCCAGAGCCACUGCUGAUCCUGGAAGACUCGGAUCUGGGUGGAGGCGGCGGGGGUGGGAAGGCAGGAGCCCCGAGUUCGGAGAGGACAGCUUCCCGGGUGCGAGAGCUGGCCCGGCUUUACAGUGAGCGGAUCCAGCAGAUGCAGCGGGCGGAGACCCGGGCGUCGGCCAAUGCGCCCCGCCGCCGGCCCCGCGCUCUGGCCCAGCCACAGCUGUCCCCCUCCCUGCCCCCUGAGCAGGCCGAGCCAGGUCCCCUGCCUGCCUUUGGACACGUGCUGGUAUGUGAGCUGGCCUUCCCGCUGACGUGUGCCCAGGAAUCUGUCCCUCUGGGUCCUGCCACCCGGGCUCAAGCUGCCACACCUUUGUCUAAGCAGGGAGGCUGCCUGGGCAGCCAGGGUCUAAGUGUUUCAAAUUUACCUGAGCAAGACCGUCUGGGUAUCCAGGGUCCAGCUGCUACCCCUUUGCCUGAGCAGGGAGGCCUCUGGAAUAUACCGAGUGUGACUGGAGCCCCCACACCCUUGCCCGAGGAGGAAGACCCCCCACCUGAUCAGGGUCCAGCUACGACUCUACCUGAUCAAGAAGGCUGCCUGGAAAUCCCAUUUACAGCUACUGCGCCCUUGCCUGAGCACAGAGGCCACGCGGACGCCCACGUUCCAACCAGCCCAGCUGUCCCUGGUCAGGGACGUGGUUCUGAUGUCACGUUUUCAGCCACCACUGCCACCGUGCCCAAGAAGGAAGGCCACCAACGGGGCCAGAGCCCAACCAACACCCCGUUAACCAAGCAAGGAGGUUGCGGGGAUGUUCAGUUCCCAGCUGCUGUGGUCGACCAAGCUGUCACCGCUUUGCUGACACACGGAAGCAGCCUGGGUCACCCGAUCCCAGGCGACGCUCCCCUGCCUUUGCAGUGUGACCUCCCGGACAUUCAGGUCCCGGGAACUUCACCUGUGCCUGCACAUGGAGGCCACCUGAGCCGCCAGACCCCAGCCAGCGCCCCACUGCCUCUGCCCCAGGACCUCUCAGACAUUCAGGUUCUGGGUACCUCACCUCCGCCUGCGCACGGAAGCUGUCUAGACCGUCAGAUCCCAGCCGACACCCCACCGUCCUUGCCCCAGAAACCCAGCGUUCCAGCUGCCACACCUUUGCCCCAGCGACAAGGCCUCGUGGACAUCCAAGUCCAAGCCCUUCCGCCUUUGCCCAAGCAGGGAGGCCUCCCAGACACCCGGGGUCCAUCUGCCGCACCUCUGCAUCAGGAACAAAGCUUCACAGACCCCCACGUCCAAAAACUUACACCUUGGGUGGCGCAGAAGAGCCUCACGAACGUUCCUGUUCUGGCUGCAGCAGCUCUGCCUGAGCAGGAAGGCUCUCGGGACAGUCCGGGCCUGUUACCCACCCCGGCUCCGACCACCGUGGUCUUCUCCAAACCAGGAGGCCACCGGGGCUCUCAUGUUGCCAGGUCCGAGUCUUCAGAGUCGACCCCACCCCACAGUCCCCCUCCUCCAACGCGUCAGCUCCUGGGUCCCAACGCAGCCGCCCUCUCCAGAUACCUGGCAGCCUCGUACAUCAGCCAGAGCCUGGCUCGGAGACAAGGGCCUGGGGGAGAAGCUGCCCCAGCCUCCCGGGGUCCCUGGUCCUCCUCUGCCCCCGCAUCACGGGCACCUUCGCCACCACCCCAGCCUCAGCCCCCACCAGCCCCAGCCAGGAGGCUCAGCUAUGCCACGACGGUCAACAUCCACGUCGGGGGCGGGGGGCGGCUGCGGCCAGCCAAGGCCCAGGUCAGGUUAAACCAUCCCGCUCUCUUGGCCCCCACCCAGGAAUCUGUGGGCCUUCGUAGAGCCCAGGGAGCUCCUGAUGCCCCUUUCCACAUGUGAGCCACGGUAUUGGGCUUCAUGAAAAGCAAGGACUUCAACCAGAUGCCACAGACCCUCAGAACGUCACCCCAAAGUCCAGACACUGAACAAAGGUGUAAAAAUUGCCACAGCUUUCCAUCUCCUGGGAUCUGCUUGGGCGAAAGGUCCUUACUUACCUGAUUAACUCAACAGGGAUGGGGGAACGGGAUGUCAUUAAUAUUUUGUUCGUUCAUAUUUUGAAGUUCUGUAUCUUUUCCCAUUCUGGAGGCGGUGGGGGAGGACAAGACUAAUGAAUGGGAAGGUCUGACGCAGC